AUGAGCGCACGCGGUGAAGGCGCCGGGCAGCCGUCCACUUCAGCCCAGGGACAACCUGCCGCCCCGGCGCCGCAGAAGCGAGGACGCGGCCGACCCAGGAAGCAGCAGCAAGAACCAACUGGUGAGCCCUCUCCUAAGAGACCCAGGGGAAGACCCAAAGGCAGCAAAAACAAGAGUCCCUCCAAAGCAGCUCAAAAGAAAGCGGAAGCCACUGGAGAAAAACGGCCAAGAGGCAGACCUAGGAAAUGGGUGGUGAUCAUCUCUCCAUAUUUCUCAGUUGGUGACCAGAUGGACCUCUGUGGUCCCGAGGGUAUCCCAAGGGACCACAGUUAA